CCUCCCGAGUUGCAUCAUCUCCAGCUCGGGGCUCCUCGGAGGAAGCUAGGAGCGGCACGAUCCACUCUGCUCGGGGCUCCGACCCACGUUCCAACACCCCUCCUUGCCCUGUCUCGAUCCUGCUCCUGCGCCGGCCUGAAGACCCUCGGGGUGUGUGUGGAGGGGGGAGGUGCUUUCUACCCGAACCUGCGAGACGAGGCUCGCAGACACCGUUAGCUCCGACGUCCAUUCAUUGGCAGUCUGUCUUUCCUCAGACCCCAAGUCCUCUGACUCCUCCAGCUUGGAGCAGCGGACAACGCCAUGGAGAAGAGCAGAGAGACCAACGGCUAUCUGGACGGCGCGCAGCCGGGGCCCGGCGCCCCCGGGACCACUGCGGGACUCGCGCAGCGCUUCGCCGGCUUCCUGCGGCGCAACGCGCUGGUGCUGCUCACCGUGUCUGGGGUGCUCGUGGGCGCGGGCAUGGGCGCCGCCCUCCGCGAGCUCAAGCUCAGUCGCACGCAGAUCACCUACCUGGCCUUCCCGGGGGAGAUGCUGCUCCGCAUGCUGCGCAUGAUCAUCCUGCCGCUGGUGGUCUGCAGCCUGGUGUCGGGCGCCGCCUCUCUGGACGCCAGCUCCCUCGGGCGUCUGGGCGGCAUCGCCGUCGCCUACUUUGGGCUCACCACGCUGAGUGCCUCGGCGCUCGCCGUCGCUUUGGCGUUCAUCAUCAAGCCAGGGUCGGGCGCGCAGGUUCUUCAGUCCAGCGACUUGGGACUGGAGGAAUCGGGGCCUCCAGCGGUCCCCAAAGAGACGGUGGACUCAUUCCUUGACCUGGUCAGAAAUCUGUUUCCCUCCAAUCUUGUGGUCGCAGCUUUCCGCACGUAUGCAACUGAUUAUGACGUGGUGAACCGCACCAACAACUUUGGAAAUGUGACCCGUGAGAAGGUACCCAUCAGCACUGAGAUUGAAGGGAUGAACAUUUUAGGAUUGGUCCUUUUUGCCCUGAUGCUUGGGGUGGCCCUAAAGAAGCUAGGCUCUGAGGGAGAAGAGCUCAUCCGUUUCUUCAAUUCCUUCAAUGAGGCAACAAUGGUGCUGGUGUCGUGGAUCAUGUGGUAUGUCCCUGUGGGCAUUAUGUUCCUGGUUGGAAGCAAGAUUGUGGAAAUGAAGGACAUUGUCGUGUUAGUGACCAGCCUUGGGAAAUACAUCUUCGCAUCCAUAUUGGGCCACAUUAUUCAUGGAGGAAUUGUUCUGCCACUAGUUUAUUUUGCUUUCACACGCAAAAACCCAUUCAAAUUCCUCCUGGGCCUCCUCACACCAUUUGCGACAGCAUUUGCUACCUGCUCCAGUUCAGCAACCCUGCCUUCUAUGAUAAAGUGCAUUGAAGAAAACAAUGGUGUGGACAAGAGCAUCAGCAGGUUCAUCCUCCCCAUUGGGGCCACUGUGAACAUGGAUGGAGCAGCCAUUUUCCAGUGUGUGGCUGCAGUCUUCAUCGCCCAGCUCAACAACUUUGAGCUGAAUGCAGGACAGAUUUUCACAAUUCUCGUGACGGCCACGGCAUCCAGCGUUGGAGCAGCAGGUGUGCCAGCUGGAGGGGUCCUCACUAUCGCCAUUAUCCUGGAGGCCAUCGGGCUGCCCACUCAUGACCUCUCUCUGAUCCUUGCUGUGGACUGGAUUGUGGACAGGACCACCACCGUGGUGAAUGUAGAGGGGGAUGCCCUGGGAGCCGGCAUCCUCCACCACCUGAAUCAGAAGGCAAUGAAGAAGGACGAGCAGGAGCUGAGAGAAGUGAAGGUAGAAGCCAUCCCCAAUUGCAAGGCUGAGGAGGAGACUUCGCCUCUGGUGACACACCAGAACCCCGCUGGCCCUGGAGCCAGUGCCCCAGAACUGGAAUCCAAAGAGUCAGUGCUGUGAAGGAGCUGGGCCGAGGGCCCGGUUAGCCAGCCCACUUAGACAUAGGCACAGCCUUCGUGGACUUUGCGUCUCCUGAGCAAUUCUGUGGCCCAGUCACCAGUUUAAUGAUGACUUUUCAGCCCAGGCGUUGGGCUCCCUAGUGGGAACUGGUGACCAAGGACCAGGACACUCUGACAUUUGGCUUCUUCCAUGUCCACGCAUAGCUGUGGAUGCCCCAAGGCUCUGUGUGGAAAUACCUCCUUGAGCUGCCCACGUAGAAGGAUUCUGGGCUGGUGGGAGUCUGUGGGUAGAGAUGGAGAAAGCCCACAUGUAUUCUCUAUUGCCCCAGCAGCUCUGCAUCAGGUGCUUUCUGGGCAAACCCUGGGGAUUUUCGUUCACCUGUCCUAUUGUCUCCCGAAAAGUAGUCAUUGGAGAAAUGACCAAAUUCUCAGCCUUGACUGGAAUUUGCUGAGCUGGGACUCGGGUAUUUAAAGGAUUGUAUUCCAGCUAAAUGUUUGUGGCUUCUAGAGGACCAGAAGUGCUGUCAAUGUCUUUAGAAAUACUCUGGUUGGCAUCAGCACAGCUGGGUCUACAGUCAGGAGCAUUAAGUAAACCAUUUAAGUUCUGAGGUCCAGAGGGGAUUGCUCACUUGGGAAAGAUACACACUGUUGUCCUCAUUCCCUUCCCAGUCCUGGAGUACUUGUCUACUUCUGGGCCCUAGACUCUGCUAACAUUUCACCUUUAUGUCCAACCACUAGGAUUUGGCCAGAAGACCACAUCUUCUGAGGAGAGAUGAUGAGGUUACAUGACCUAUGUGGGUGUAUGAAUCUAUUAUAAUUUGAUGAGAAUCCUUAAAACACAUGCUAAAACAAAAUUA